AUGAACUUUUCCCUUCCCCCACGCCCGCAGUAUCAACCCCCACCGCGCAACAUCCGCCGGUAUGGGUCAUGGGGUCUGGGGUCCGGAUACCACGCUAUGGACAAGGCUCGAUAUGUUCAUGCAAAUUAUCGAUUUAUCGUAACGCCCAAUAGAAGUUAUAAAGCCCAAGCAGCUAAUGCGGAUGUUCACUUGGACUGGGAUUCCGUUCUCCAGGUGCUAGUGUCGGCUGAAACCCAAUCCGCCAGCUGCCCCAUUUGCUUAUCGACGCCAGUAGCCCCUCGAAUGGCUCGGUGCGGUCAUAUAUUCUGUCUCCCGUGUCUGAUUCGCUACAUGCACUCGACCGACGACGAGAAUCGUGCUCCUGAGAAGAAAGCACGGUGGAAAAAAUGCCCCAUCUGCUGGGACUCGAUCUAUAUCUCGGAGACUCGGCCUGUGCGAUGGUUCCGCGGCCAGGAGGGCGAUUUGCCCGUCGAGGGUGGAGAUGUGGUGUUACGGCUGGUCAAGAGGGAACCGGGUAGCACGUUAGCCCUCCCUCGAGACGGUGCGGAGGGUCUUGGACCUGAAGAGGAUAUUCCGUGGUACCACGCUGCGGAAGUCGCCGACUAUGGCCGUAUGAUGAAAGGGGGCGAGGACUACAUGAACGCCCAGUACGAUCUCGAGAUCGAAGAGCUCCGUCGGCAGGAGCUAGAGGAUGAGCUUCUUUUCGGUGACGAGACCACAUGGACCCGAAAGGCCGUUGCCGCCAUCAAUGAUGCCAAAGUGAAGCUCCAGGGCAUUGGCAACCCACCCGAUAUCUCACACCAAACUCCUGUCACGAGACAAGCAAGGGAUCCCGUCCCUAUACAGUCUCCUCCAGAUGAGGUUGCCGUCAUGUAUACGUCUCAGCAUGCGACUAAGUCGGGGAAGAGUUCCUCGGCAGAGUCAACAUCACCGCUGGCUACUUCAAGCGAGACAGAUCACAUCACACAAGCCAUGGGCCAGGUCGACCUCGGCUCGGGGCCCGAUGCAAAGUUUAAGCAGAGAGAGCCGGGAAUCGGCCGAAUGCGACAAACUAACGGCUCCCAAGCCCCCGACCAUCCAUUUUAUUUCUACCAGGCUCUGCCUCAGUUCUACCUCUCCCCUCUAGACAUUCGCAUUCUAAAGGCUGCUUUUGGUGAUUACUCCGUGUUUCCCGCCACUAUUCUUCCCCGGGUCGAGCAUAUCUCCACUGGACAUAUUGUCGAUGAUGAGCUUCGCAAACGGGUCAAAUACCUCGGUCAUCUCCCCCAGGGCUGCGAAGUGAAUUUCCUUGAGUGCGACUGGAGAGAUGUGGUUGUGCCCGAAACCCUAGAACAAUUCGGUGCUGAAACUGGUCGGCGACGAAAGCGAAACAAGGAGAAAGAGAUGCGCGAGGAGAAGGACCGAGUUCGUGCAGAGAAGGAGGAUGACAAGCGGUGGGUUGCAUCUCAUCGGAAGAGAUCCAGCAUGGGCAUCAGCGAUCCGCCAUUUUCCGAUCGAGAUUUCCAGCCAUUGGCGAGCGGGGCAUUUGAUAUUGGUCCAUCUUCCGCAUCGCCUCCGCAGCCCUCAUCGAAUUUCGGGGCGUUAGCGUCACCCUCAACCAGUCCUCCAGGGGCUCGCACUGUAUGGGGGACGGCCGCCGUAGCACACUCCGAACCGACCGAUUUGCAACCCGGAAUCACUCCUCGCGAUGGGUGGCUUGAGGGAUGGGAAGAGGAAUUGUUUGCCCAACAGGAGCGAGAGCUCCUAGCACAGACGGCUACCGAAGCUGGAAGCAGCAACCCUCCUCCACCCUCGACUACGGGCGGAAAGAAGAAGAAAGGCAAGAAGAUUACGUUGAUGUCAACAAAUAUCCAGAGAGGUGCCUAG